AUGUGGGAAAUGAGCAGCUAUGCCGGCCCAGUCACUCGUGAUGAUAUAUUCUUCUACAACUACCAUACCGGUUUCUACGUAAUGCAAGACCGUGAACGCUACAUACGCGCGGAGCCAUCCAAGCUGUACGAGCUGCUCACUUGGGUGGACAAAGGACCUGCUCUCACGAAGAAGGGCGCUCCACGCAAGCGGCAACCGCCUCCGCACUGGGACGAAUCGGUGGCAUACUAUACAGCUCAAGCGCUCCAUUAUGGACUGAAGCCCAAGAAGACGAAGGAGGAGACGAAGAAGACGCUCCUCGACGCGUUUAAAGGGGGGAAGAGCCUUCAGGUUCCCGAAAAAAUCCUGGCGUUGGAGAAGGAGCUUCGGAAGCUGUGGCAAGACGAGGACAAGAAGGCUCGCGCUCGGUACGAGCAAGAAGAGAGGGAGAGGGAAGAGGCGGAGGAGAAGAAGCGUGUCGAAGACAGGCGGAGACAUGAGGAGAUACUGGCCGAGUUCGAGAAGAGCGCUGCGCCUACUCCCAAGGCGGCAACUUCGCGUAAACGCAAGGCCACGGACGACGGAAACGCGACCCAGAAGAAGACGAAGACGAGCGGGAGCGGUAGUGGCAAGCUCUCAGAUCUGGAAGUUCGAGGAGAAUUUGCCGUCAAGGCUCCCUAUCUCGCGGAGCAAUGGGACGACGCGUCCGGAGACCUUACCCUGAUGCUCUCGCCCUCCCGUGGUACCGGCAAACAUCUAUGGGGAAGCUUCGACUUCGGCAUCGUAAAGGGCAUCAUCCGCGCCGGUGCACCUCCUACCACUGUAGGCGCCACAGUCGCUUUCAAGUGGCGUGGCCACGAGCAAGGCGAGGGCCAGAUGGAGUUCGGGGAGGAGAACAAGGGCACGCUCACGUUCCUCGGCAACGGCAAGAUUCGCGGUACCAUGGUCGGCGGGUUCAUGAGCGAGUUCGUCUUCUCGGCCAUUCAGGACCGCGAAUCGCUUCGUAGUGUCGUGUGGAAUAUGCAUGUCAAGGAGUGGAAGGAGGAGUGGCGCGGUAUCAAUGACCGCACAUACAACGCUGCGAGGGUAGGGCGUUGGGGCAAUUGGUGUGCGGGAGGAGACUAUAAGGAAAGGCCGGCUGGUUCGGAUACAUCUGAUGCUGGUAGUGCCAGUGACGCUGGUGAGGACGAUGACUACAACUAUGCGCUAUGA